CUUCUUCCGCACCUCCCUCACCAUCCUAUAGUCGCCUAAGUCGUCUUCAUGAUCCCGACCAUAUCUGAAUCUGUGCACCAACUACUAUUAGGUCUCGCACAGGAAGUCGAGCGCUGCGCAAGAUAACUUGCUCCUAUAUAAGAACAGCGAAGGUCCGGAGGAUCACCACAUUUCAGCCUCUGUAUUCGUUCUCAGUGACCCGGUCCUUCGUCUCAAAAAAAUGGAUAAUAUCGUGCCAAAGAUCCUGUCAGCGUUAGUGGUAAAUGCAUGCUUAGUUUGGUGUGAGCCACCCUUGAGUAACCAAUACGGAGUGCCUGGAAAUUUUGCUGGAAGCAAUAACCAAGGAAAUCACGGCGGCGCAACGAAUAGUUAUGGUGCCCCUAUUGGAGACGACCACGAUGAGAAUCAAGAUUACAUAGACAGUCAGCCAAAGUCUUACGAGUUUGGAUACGCAGUGAAGGACGCAGCCACCGGAAAUGACUUCGGGCGACAAGAGACCAGCGAUGGCGAAACAGUUCGUGGGGAAUACAGGGUCCAACUUCCGGAUGGUAGAACGCAAAUAGUAACGUACACUGCUGAUUGGAGAACCGGCUUUCAUGCUGACGUUCGAUACGAGGGUGUUGCGACAUUCCCUGACCAGUACAACACGAACAAUAACGGCUAUAAUAACAAUGCUGGAGCUGUUACUAGUUCUUCUGUUGGCGCUGGAUACGACUUCCAAGGGACGAACCUUGACGGUGGUUAUAACACAGGUAACAAUGGGGGUUACAACAAUUACCAGAAUGGAGGUGGGAAUUAUAAUGGUGGACCCAGCUAUAAUUAUCAGUACGGUUCCAACUCUGUGGACAACAAUUACAACAGCUAUGCUGGAUAUUCGAGUAAUUCCUUUGGAUCGGGAAUUUCAACACCCACCUACGGUACACCAGCUUACCAUUAAACGAUGCUAGAAUACUUAUUAUGGACUAGUGGAUGCUGUCCAUAAUCUCUUACCUCCUUUUUAUAUCAUAAUUAAUUAAUAAUAAUAAAUAAAUUACAAAAAAGUAGCUGAUUGGUAAUUAACUUAAUAAUGGACUGCAAUUACUUUCCAUAAGAAGCUAAUAGCUCAUUAUAAACUCUCGAGGUUAGACGUGUGAUAAAUACCAUGUUGAUUCUACCUUUUCCUUUUCAUAACCAAAGACACAAAAUCUAAUAAACGAAAAACAACAUUUUUCAUAUAAUGAAAUUAGUGUUCAGACGAGAGAGCUAUUGUCAUUAAGAAAAUUUUAAUCCGUUGAAAAUUAGUCCAGGAUAGUUUCAUGUCCUAUUUUUCGUAACUUGUCAUUGUUUAUCUCGAGUAAAACAUUCAAAUAUGUAAGUACCGCAAACAAUCUCAAUUAGUAUAUUUAAUGUUAUUCAAUAGAAGUUAAGUAUAGCAUGUAAUCUACUAAU